CAAAGGUCGCCAAAACUCUCAGAGCUCCAACUGGGCACAGGUGGGUCUGUCGCCAGCUCCAUCUGACCCUAGAAGCGGGUCCCGACAAGGUGUAGUCUAGGCACGCCGAGUUGGAGGACUGGGCGCGCGCCACUGGAUCCACCAGCAUCCCGGGCCGCCGGGGGCUCCUGCGUUCCGGCGCGCCACGGGUUAAGAAGCCCGCGGGGGCGAGGGAGCUUGGCCUACGCGUCUGAUUGGCUGUUGCUCCCCGGGCCCACAGCCCCCGCGCCUCGUUAUUGGUUCGCGGUGGAUCCCGCCCCCUGGCCUGGGCGCCCAAGCCGCGCGCGCCGCCCCGGCAGCUAGCCGCGCCGUCCGAGCGGGGAGCGCAGCGCUGCGCAACGCAGAGCAGAGCAGCCGAAGCCUGAGCCACAGCGGGAGGCGCAACCAGAGCCGGGCCGUUCGGAGCCCGCUAGCGAUGAUGUCAUCCUACAAGCGGGCCACGCUGGACGAAGAGGACCUGGUGGACUCACUCUCCGAGGGCGAGGUGUACCCCAAUGGCUUACAGGUGAACUUUCGAAGCCCCCGGAGCGGCCAGAGGUGCUGGGCAGCUCGGACCUCGGUGGAGAAGCGACUGGUGGUGCUGGUGGCACUUCUGGCAGCAGGGCUGGUAGCCUGCCUGGCAGCCCUGGGUAUCCAGUACCGGGCAAGAACACCCCAAGUAUGUCUGAGUGAGGCCUGUGUCUCAGUGACCAGCUCCAUCCUAAACUCCAUGGACCCCACGGUAGACCCCUGCCAAGACUUCUUCAGCUAUGCCUGUGGGGGCUGGAUCAAGGCCAACCCCGUGCCGGAUGGACAUUCACGCUGGGGGACCUUCAGCAACCUCUGGGAACACAAUCAAGCCAUCAUCAAGCAUCUUUUGGAAAAUUCCACGGCCAGCGUGAGUGAGGCAGAGAGGAAGGCCCAAGUAUACUACCGUGCGUGUAUGAACGAAACUAGGAUUGAGGAGCUGCGGGCCAAGCCCCUGAUGGAGCUGAUCGAGAAGCUUGGAGGCUGGAAUAUCACAGGACCCUGGGCCAAGGACAACUUCCAGGACACGCUGCAGGUGGUCACAGCCCACUACCGCACCUCGCCCUUCUUCUCUGUCUACGUCAGUGCCGACUCUAAGAACUCCAACAGCAACGUGAUCCAGGUGGACCAGUCUGGCCUCGGCUUGCCCUCUAGGGACUACUAUCUGAACAAGACGGAAAACGAGAAGGUGCUGACUGGCUACCUGAACUACAUGGUCCAGCUGGGGAAACUGCUGGGCGGUGGGGACGAGGACUCCAUCCGGCCCCAGAUGCAGCAGAUCCUGGACUUUGAGACAGCGCUGGCCAAUAUCACCAUCCCCCAGGAGAAGCGCCGCGACGAGGAGCUCAUCUACCACAAAGUGACGGCUGCCGAGCUGCAGACCUUGGCACCCGCCAUCAACUGGUUGCCCUUCCUCAACACCAUUUUUUACCCAGUGGAGAUCAAUGAAUCUGAGCCCAUCGUGGUCUACGACAAGGAAUACCUGGGACAAGUCUCCACCCUCAUCAACAACACCGACAAAUGUCUCCUCAACAACUACAUGAUGUGGAACCUGGUUAGGAAAACGAGCUCCUUCCUGGAUCAGCGCUUUCAGGAUGCCGAUGAGAAGUUCAUGGAGGUCAUGUACGGGACCAAGAAGACCUGCCUGCCCCGCUGGAAGUUUUGCGUGAGUGACACAGAAAACAACCUUGGUUUUGCCCUGGGCCCCAUGUUUGUGAAAGCCACCUUUGCUGAAGACAGCAAGAACAUCGCCAGCGAGAUAAUCUCAGAGAUCAAGAAGGCCUUUGAAGAGAGCCUGAGUACCCUGAAGUGGAUGGAUGAAGACACCCGGAGAUCAGCCAAGGAAAAGGCGGAUGCCAUCUACAACAUGAUAGGCUACCCCAACUUCAUCAUGGACCCCAAGGAGCUGGACAAAGUCUUCAAUGAUUACACGGCAGUUCCUGAUCUCUACUUUGAGAACGCCAUGCGAUUUUUUAACUUCUCGUGGAGGGUCACAGCCGACCAGCUCAGGAAAGCCCCCAACAGAGAUCAGUGGAGUAUGACCCCGCCCAUGGUGAAUGCUUACUAUUCCCCCACCAAGAACGAGAUCGUGUUUCCAGCUGGAAUCCUGCAGGCACCGUUCUAUACCCGCUCCUCGCCCAACGCCUUGAACUUCGGUGGCAUUGGUGUUGUUGUGGGCCAUGAGCUGACGCACGCAUUCGACGAUCAAGGUCGGGAGUAUGACAAAGACGGGAACCUCCGGCCCUGGUGGAAGAACUCGUCCGUGGAGGCGUUCAAGCAGCAGACCGAGUGCAUGGUGCAGCAAUACAGCAACUACAGCGUGAACGGGGAGCCCGUGAACGGCCGGCACACCCUCGGGGAGAACAUCGCCGACAAUGGGGGACUUAAGGCCGCCUACCGGGCUUACCAGAACUGGGUGAAGAAAAAUGGAGCCGAGCAGACGCUGCCCACCCUGGGUCUCACCAACAACCAGCUCUUCUUCCUGGGAUUUGCACAGGUCUGGUGCUCCGUCCGCACACCUGAGAGCUCCCAUGAAGGCCUCAUCACCGACCCACACAGCCCCUCCCGCUUCCGGGUCAUCGGCUCCGUCUCUAACUCCAAGGAAUUCUCAGAACACUUUCACUGCCCUCUUGGGUCCCCCAUGAACCCUCAUCACAAAUGCGAAGUCUGGUAAGGGCUGCAGCACAGAAAGCACACGUGGAAGAGGGGAAGGGGCCCGCAGCCAGCUCCUGGCCUAGCCCCUCAGCUGCCUAGGGCCCCUUCCCCACCCUGGAGGGUAUACAGCCAUCCCGUCUAAGCCUAUGGUGACGGUCCAUCACUCAAACCCAAGAUCUGACCCCUGUGAAGCCCUGGCACCCAUGUGGGAUGCUAGAGGGCGUUUGUGUGUCGAGCUGGUGGGCCUCACACUGACAACGGCAACGGGACAUAGCCCUCGCCCACAUCCAAUGCCAGUUAUACCACAAUACCACUGUGUCAAAUGCUUUAAAGAUAUAUUUUUGGGGAGACUAUUUUUUAAGCAUUAUGGAAUACACUGGAAAUCUUCAGGGAAAAAUGCAUUUAAAACACUUUUUUUUUAAAAAAAGGAAAGAUUAGUAUAUUUAUUAUGUUCUCUUUUUCUAAAUAACCUGUGGACAAAGGAAGCCCCACUGAUUUACCCCAGGGGACCCCAGGCUGCUGAGCAAGCCCCUAUACUGAACGCUACAUUAGCCCAUUGUUGGUGUGACUGUUUCUGCAGUCACCCGUGCAGACAGGAGACAUAGGGACCAGGACGAGGGAGGAGCCAACUGAGGGACCUCCCUUCUGGGCAUGACCCUUCUCAGCUCACCUGCCCUGUCUCUGGAAUCUAACCGUGGGAACCCCAACAAGGAUGGUCUGGUACCCAGAGCUGAUAGCUGAGGCAGCCUGAGGGCAGAGUAGGGCUCUCCCAUGGGGGUACCCGAGCAGCCUGGACUAAACCAUAGGAGCCCCUCAAGGCUGAGUCCCAUGACCCACACUCUUCUCCAAAGAUGUCUUUCUUCUGGUCCCACCUCUUCUGGCCUUGGGGAUCGGAUGCCACUCUGUAGCAAUUCCAACAUUUUGAAGUGAUCUGCCUCACUGACGCUUGGCACCAAGGUAAAGGAAAAAAGGAAGUAGUUCAGUUCUCCCUCCAAGCUCUGUAGCCCAGAGUUGCCCUGGCCUGGUUCCCAGGACCUGUUCUCUAGUGCCUUAACUGAGGCUGUUGCUCCUGAGUUCCACCAAGGAGGCAGCACCUGACUAGAAGCCACUACCACAGCACAUCACCCAGGACCCCAGGGCUGCCGUCCCAGCCUGCCUACAGAGCAGCUGUUCCAGAUGUCCAGUGUUGGGAGCUGUUGAUCCCUCUCAGACUUCCAGCCUCCCGUGGCCCUCGAGUUGAAUUAAACCAGUUCUUCUUAUAAGUGGGGGAUUUCCUCUCACUUGGGGGGGAGGUCUGUGAGCCAGAGGAGGCUGAGAAUGGAAGGAUCCCAGCCCCAUCUGGGCUACAGGGAAGUCGUCUGCCCGACAGCAUCACCCAGUAGUAGAUGUGUGGGUCCCCACUAGGUGGUGUGUAUUGUGGUUCUCAUGAUUGCUGUAGGGGGGCAGGCCCCCAGACCUGUGAGCAGGGAGCCCAGGGGUACCACCCGCCACCUGGCAGGCCAUGCCCCACGUCUCACAGCAACCCCCCCCCCCAAUACCAUAUUCUUCCUCUGCCAAGAAGCUCAGAAACGUAGUCUCUGUCCUGCCAGUUUAGGGUUAGCCUUAGCUCUUGGCCAGGGAGCUGCAAGCUAGCCCCUGACAAAGUUCCUGGUUCCUGUAAGCUUGGUCAAGGUCUCGUAGCUCUUCAGAGAAAGGUAGCACAGGAAGCAGGAAGGUGCUGGAGCCAUGUCCUGCCACGUAAAGGUGGACCUUCCGGGCCCCUGCCCCUUUCCGUCCUGCCUUCCUGUGGAGAGGCAGUCCUGGAAAGAGUCCAGCACCCGUAUGUAGAAGCAGGGUCCUCAGCUGGGAGUCAGCUCAGGGUGUGCAAGGCAGCCGUAGCAGGAAAGCCCAGGCUGAGCAAGGAUAGGUGGGUGUAAAAGCAGCAGCCUGCCCCCCCCCCCCGAGAUUUGAGAAAAGCUGAAGUGAGAAAGGGCUGCUGCUCUCAGAAAGACCCCUCCUCUCAAUGCUGGGAGCUUCCCUGCGGGUACAGAACGUGGGGUUUGGAGCUGGGGAAUCUAUUUUUUGUAUUAUUAUGUUUGUGCUACUGUAGUUUUGGCGUGGCACUCUUGUAAUUACAAUAAAGUUCUUGUACCAAG